AUGGGUACUCGUGGCAGUGUAGCCGAAUGGUUAGCGUGUCAAGCUACCGUCCUACACUGUCGCGGUUCGACUCCCGCUGAAGCAAACUUGCCCAUGCCUGGGGACGUAUCGACUCCGCCUGCCUGCGGGUCGUCUAGAGAGCGUCUACAAGGCGUUGAGUUGUGCGGCGUCUCGAGAACUCUGCCUGCCGGUCUGGGUCAGUUCAGCCAGUGGGCGCGCCUCGAACUAACUUCCUCGACUCUGCGGUCGAGCAUCUGA